AUGUCGGAUCACAGUCAUCUGAGCUCGGCGGAGAAGAAGCGCCUCCGCGAUCGGCGGGCGCAGCAGAAUUCUCGAAGUAAAAAGUUGCAGUAUCUCAGUCACCUCGAAGAUCGCAUCGCACGGCUCGAAGAGCAGGUUGCUCACUGUCGGCAACAACACACCGAUGAAGGCGCCCAACAGCGAUCUGAAGAGAUAGAGACUCUCCGGAGGCAGAAUGCAUCUCUUCUUGCGCGUCAACGACAGCUGAAAAGUCUCCUGCAAUCCUGGGACAUCGAUGCGCUGACGUCUCCGGAAGCUCUCACCGGACCGGCUUAUACCCCCGAGGCGCCCGAAGUCGAGAACCAGCGUCCUCCUAUACUAUCGCCACCACCGCCGAUAGCAGUUUCCCGCAGCUUGAUAGACCCCUUGGAAGCUACAACUAUCAAUUACGCUCACGACUCUACAAACCCACUAGAGCCACUCUGGAAACGCAUUCCACUCACCAACGACGACCCGUCAGCCCCCUACAUGACUUGGGUAGCUUACCAGGAGCAGAUCAGAGCAUCCCCGGACUCCCCCGCCUCUCCGCUGGAUCUCCUGUACGGCUCCAAGACCAACGUCCUAGCAGACCUAGUCUACCGCACCACGAAGCGACGGCCGCUGCGCGACCCCGAGCGCCUGGCCUGUGGGUGGCUAGCCUACCACCUCCUCAAAUGGAUGUACUCUCCCAGUCCCAGCCGAUUCGCUCGGCUGCCGACCUUCAUGCACCCGAACCCUGACCAGAUAAACAUUCCCCACCUUGGGUCGAUCGACCUCAUGAUCUGGCCGCAAAUCCGGUCCAAUCUGAUCCGUCGUUGGCAAAUUUACGAGGGUCAGCGUGACGAUCUCUUCGGGUUCCUGGCCUGUUGUCUGAAAGUUCGCUGGCCGUGGGGCGAGAGUAUCCUCGAACGCGACGAUCAAGAUCAACUCCGUAUCCGACGCAGCUUCUACGAGACGUUCAUGACCAUCGAGGGAUGGGGACUCACCCCUGAUGUCAUUCGAAGCUACCCCAGUAUUUUGACGGGGGUUGACCUGCAGUCUAUUGUGUAUGAGGUCCUGUGA